AUGAAGUUCUCCGUCAGCAACAACGCCGCCGCCGCCGCCGCCGCUGCCUUCUUCCUCCUCGCCGGCGGGCCCCUCGCCAGCGCCCAGGGAGGCGUGAUGCAGCCGGCGCCCUUCGAGAUCACCGGGUUUUUCGCCGGCACCGUGCCCCAUUCGUCCCAGAACUACUACACCUUCACCGCCUCCCAGGGCCCAGACAAGACGGCCAACUGCUCGGCCAACCUGCUGUCGUACCAGCACAUGGCCGACGUGCCCGUCACGGCCUGCGCCUCCGCCCAGCCGCCGCAGUGGAGCUUCAACUUUACGCGCGCGACCGACGGCGCGGGCGCCCUGCUCAAGGUCUGGCUCAACGACGACAAGGUCGCCAGGCUCGAGGGCGACCACCACAUCCCCGCCGACCAGAUCGUCACGUCGGGCGUCGGCACCGGCAUCAAGGAGGAGUACACGGGCCCUCACGACUUUGUCAUCACCGACGUCAAGGUCGUUGCUUAA